AUGUCGAGGACCGACGAGGGGCAAGAGGACUCCGAACGGAGGUCCUCUUCCCACAAAAGCAGCCACAAGAGCUCACGCUCCUCCAAGCACUCCUCAUCGAGAGACAAGGGCGAGUCCUCUUCUCGCAAGCGGGACAGGAGCGAGCAGGACCGCUCCAGCGGCAGCAACUCCAAGGAACGCAGCAAGGACCGCUCUUCGAGGGACAGUGGCGGGGACGACGGCGAGCAGCGCGGCGGUAAGCGGCAUCGACGGGGGGAGGACGAGAAAGACGGGGGCGGCGGAGGCGGCAGCAGCAGUCGCUCCAAGUCUUCGUCGUCGUCUUCUCACCACAAGUCCAAGCACCGGGAUAAGGACGGAAAGAGCAGCAGCAGCAGCAGCAAACACAAGAAGGAGAGCCGCAGCAGCAAGGACAAGGACCGGCGAAAGCACAGCAGCAAGACCAGCAAGGGUGAGGAAGGAAGAACCAGCAACGGAGGAGGAGGAGGAGGAGGAGGAGGAGCUGCUGCCGGCGACGACAAGCCGAACGGCACACGCAACGGGGAUUCGGGCGCGGCAACGCACGGGCACACCCCUUUCCCGGUCGAACUCAUGGCCGACGGGGAGGAAGAGGGAGAGCUCGUCUUCGAACCGAAGAAGCCCACCACUCCCGAGGCCCCCACGAACGGAGGAGGAGGAGGAGGAGAUGCUGAUGACGGCCGCGCUACGGUCGCCAGCCCCGAGAGCGAGCCGGCCGCGGCAGAAGCACCGGCACCGGCACCGGCGCCGGCGCCGGUGAACGACGAAGAGGCGGAGGAGGCCGCCCGGUUCGCCCGCAUCGCCGCGCGCGCGGAGGAGAGGGCGGCCGAGCGCGCCAAGGCUCGGGCCGCCGCCGCCGCCGCCGCAGCGUCUCCUUCCAGCGGAAACGCGCAGUUUGGCGGGGGUGGUGGUGGUGGUGGCAGUGGCACGGCGAGGGGCGUCGUGGCGGGGGGUAUGGGGGCCCCGGAGCCCCCCCCGGGGAAGCUGGCCUUCAAGACCAAGAAGCAGCGCGAGCAGGAGGCGCUGCAGCGGCUGGAGGAGCAGCGCAAGUCGAGGCGGAGGGAGCAGGAGGCCGCGGCGGCGGAGCGGGGAACGUCUGAGCGGCAGCGGCAGUUGGAGGAGGACCGUCGGCGGCAGAAGGCCCGGGAGACCGAGCGCGAGGAGGCGCGGGCGCAGCGCGAGAAGGAGAAGGAGCGGGAGCUCCUGCGCGAGCAGUACCUGGGCAAGAAGAAGGUGAAGAAGAAGAUCGUGAAGCCUUCCGAGAAGUUCAGCAAGAUCUUCCAGUUCGACUGGGACGCGAGCGAGGACACCUCCCGGGACGCCAACCCGCUCUACAACGAGCGGGCCCAGCUCAACGCAUCCUUCGGGCGCGGCUACCUCGCCGGGAUCGACAUGCGCGAGCAGCGCAAGGAGAGCGCCUUCCUGACGGCCCUGAUGGAGAAGCGGCAGGAAGAACAGCGCCGAGCCGAGGCCGCCGACCACUCCCUGACGGCCCAGGACAAGGCGGACCGCGAGCGCGCCAGGGAGCAGCAGAUGGCCGAGGUGGAGGCGUUCUCGCUGGCGGAGGCCGACGGCAUGGGCGACGACCCCGUGCUCAAAGGGGCGCACUGGUCGGAGAAACCACUGGCGGAGAUGGCGGAGAGGGACUGGAGGAUCUUCCGGGAGGACUUCGACAUUCGGGUCAAGGGCGGCAAGGCGCCGCUGCCGCUGCGGUUCUGGGAGGAGGGCCACCUGCCCUCGAGCGUCAUGGAGGCCAUCCGGGAGCUGGGCUACGAGAAGCCGAGCCCCAUCCAGCGGCAGGCGAUCCCGAUCGGCAUGGAGCGGAGGGACAUCAUCGGCAUCGCCGAAACAGGGUCGGGUAAGACGGCGGCCUUCGGCAUCCCCAUGAUCGCCUACAUCCUGUCCCUGGAGGCCGGCAUGCGCGACCGGGUGGCGGACCAGGGGCCUCUCGCUCUCAUCAUGGCACCCACUCGCGAGCUCGCAAUCCAGAUCGAGGAAGAGUGCAAGAAGUUCUGCAAGUUCGCGGGGCUCAACACCGUCUGCGUGGUCGGCGGGCAAGACAUUGAGGCCCAGGCCUUCACCCUCCGGAAGGGGGUUGAGAUCAUCAUCGGCACUCCCGGUCGGCUGAACGACUGCGUGGAGAAGCACUACCUGGUGCUGAACCAGUGUAACUACGUGGUGCUGGACGAGGCUGACCGGAUGAUUGACAUGGGUUUCGAAGACCAGGUGUUAGCAGUGCUGGAGGCCAUGGGCGGCACCCUCAAGGCCGACGACGCGGAGUUGGCCUACAAGCAGGAGAAGAAGGCUAAGCAGGCCAGGAGCGCGGCAGACCUGGUGCGCGUGACGGCCAUGUUCAGCGCCACCAUGCCCGCGGCCGUAGAGAAGAUGGCCAAGAAGUAUCUGCGACACCCCGCGAUCGUACAGAUCGGGGACGAAGACACGGGUAAGAAUAGGCGUAUCGAGCAGAGGGUGUUGUGGAUGACGGAGGCGCAGAAGAAGACCAAGGUCACGGAGCUCCUCCGCGGUCACGACAAGGAAGACAGGGUUCUGGUUUUCAUCAACACGAAGAAGAGUGCGGACAUGCUCGGGCGGCAGCUGGAGCAGGCGGGCUUCCCCACCGGGGUCCUCCACGGCGGCAAGACACAGGACCAACGAGAAGAGAACUUGGAGAGCUUCCGCGACGGCGAUUACACCGUGCUGGUCGCUACGGACGUGGCGUCUCGCGGCCUCGAUAUCCCAGAUGUCAAGGUCAUCAACUACGAGCUGCCGAACAAGAUCGAGACGUACUGCCACCGCAUCGGGCGUACCGGCCGAGCGGGCAAGGACGGCGUGGCCACCUCCUUCCUCACGGAGCACGAUGAGGAGAUCAUGUUUGGCCUCAGGGAGUACCUGCAGUCGACGGAGUCGCACGUGCCGCAGCAGCUGAUGAAGCACAACGCCGCCCAGGCGGCCGUCGGCGCCCGCAGGGACGACGGGUCUCUCGUCAACAGCAAGCGGGACACCAUUAUGUUUUCCAAGAAGUGA